AUGGGUAAAAGGGACGACAUAUGUUCCUUUCUUGGAUAUGAAAAGGAUAACCCUACGAAAGAUCGUCGGAAUCUGUUAAAAUCUACUUCUGCGUUUUUGGCCGAUUACGAAGCUCGCGGGAACAAGGUUUAUGGUAGAAAAGCCGAGUCUAUUGGAGGUCGGCUGUGUGCUGUGAAUUUUCUUGAAGAAGAAGGCAGAGGGGAGAGGUUCUGGCCGCCAGCAUCAGAUGGAAGCUUGGUUUACGAACAAGCUCGUGAUAAAGAAAUUAUCAUCGAUCAUGUAGCCGACCUAUUUCUCAUCCACGCAAGAUCCAACUAUAGCAAAUUGCAUGCGAAACGGAGGAGCCAAAAACACAAUGCUACCUCCCCACCAUCAAAUGUUAACAAUGAACAUAUUAGCAACAAACCCUCGGCUUUGAGUACACCUGAAGAAACGUACUUGGAAGACGAAGAGCCACAAUUUACUUAUAGUUCGUCUUUAAUGACCAUCAAGCCAGAAUUAUGCCUUACACCAUGGUUAGAUCCGCCAAAAAGAUUUGACCGUAACGUGGCUAUGCCGUGGGCAGAGCGCAUUGACCCCAAAAACCUUCCAGAUCCACCGAUUCGAUUGGGGAAGGAUUGGUUGUCACAGAAGAGUGUACAAUGGCCCAGUGCAGUUGAUAAGGAAAUCCAGUACUUUAUGCAUAGAUGGUUGUUUUACUACACAAAUGAAUUAGAGAAUGGCACAGAUGAUGGAAUUCAAAGUCUCGUGAGUCUCUUGAGGAAGAAAGAGGGUACAAGUGCGGAGCUCGACGGCACACAACUUCAAGAAUUCAGAAGGCGAAUUAUCGAUAGAGUGAGACAUUGGACAGAGACAUUCAUCAAUCAUCAGUUUGUCGAAUUACAAGCCGACGGCGUUCCUCAGAUGACCGCAAGAUUUCGCGCAAUAUGGACAACCCUAAAAUAUGACACACCUACUCCCCGCGUCAGUAAUCGAAGACGAAGUGUUGAAGAAGAAACGCCGCCAGAGACCCAUCGCAAGCGACGAAAACUUUCAAAGAAAUCUGAAGAAAAUGCGCUGGAUGGUAGUAGAUCAAAGAGAAAACCUUGGACCGAGAAUGCAUGGCGACGCAAGACAAUUCCACCUCCCGCGGACAUGACUUUCCCAAAUCUGAUAUCGAGAAAAAGCUCUAUUAUCGAUCCCGUGACGGUGGUGGUGACACCCCGGGCCAGUGUUAACGAGGAAGACAGUGAUGAAGAGAGGUUUCAAAAGUGUGAAGUACAUAAAGGGUCUGAGCAUACGAUACGAAACUCAAAAAUUUCCGUCGAGAUACCUUCACCUUACAAAGUUACAUCUAGCAAAGCUGAUGUAUUCAUCAAGAUGGAAGAGGAAUCUACUAUAGAGGUGUCACAGCUAGGGACGACGGUCAUCGAAGUAUCGGACGAUGAGCGAUCCAGCGAAGCAACAAAGUUAGUAGUACCUACUCAAGGGGCAGUCAUCAAAUCCCCAUCACCAAAUCCAGAUGAUACUAUGGCACUUGAGACAACGCCUCCACAUGUUCAGGACGGCAUGAAAGGGCCCGAAGCCAAGUUGAUUCUUUCACAUCAAUCUAGCAACACGUCAGAAGGUCGAAAUGUCUCACCACAGUCUGAAAUUUUAGAUGCCAUUAUCAUGCCAAACCAAUCAUCGAAAACAAUCGUAGAUGGUCCUCCAAUUGACAAAGCCGUCGAUGCACAAGCAGAAGUAAUUGACCCUCAUCAGUUAUCAACCCAGGUCGAGCAUUCGAGUCAACUUUUACAGACUACAAAUGAACCUUCAUCCCCGAAAGCCAAAGGAGAUCUAAAACUUCGCAUCGAAGUGAGCACUCAGCCGAUCGACCUUGACGAGAAAGAAUUUACAAAAGUGUCCACCCCAAAGGAAUUAAAUGAUUCGGUUGACGAGCCUCGAAGACCCGUCGCAAAGAACCAUCAAAUUUUAACUGAGGACGAGGAUCACAAUGUCUCUGUUUCUAUGACCCCACCAGAGAGUCAGUCAUCAGAAAAUCCGAGAAAAUAUGGCCCUUUCAACGACAUCAAGAUUUUGAACCAGCUUUUCUCGUCCAAUGGCUCCAGAACCACCGACACCCACCGACAGCGUGGUACUUCUAGCAUUUCACCAACAUCAAGCGCUGAUGCGGAUACACAUGAAAUGGAAAAGAAUUCCUUCCCGACAAACGCAAACCCGAAGCAUGUAUUGCCACGAGCCUCUUCAUCGAUCGAAUUUGUUCCAAAAGAAGGUCCUGAAGAACUCCCGAAUCAGAGCGAAUCACCUACAGUUAACAAAGCAUCCAUGGAGGGCUUGAGUACUUCGUCGCAAAGUCCAAAGACUUCCAAACCUCAAUCAGGUCAUUCUAUUUAUGCUUCCUCAUUAAAUGUUCUAGAAAGAAGCCAGAAAUCAUCGGAGAAGAAUGAUUCUAUUUUGACACGAACCCCCUUGCCUUCAGGUCCAUUGCCGUCUGAGACCGGUCAGGAAACAUCAACUCUAUUGCCUAUUAUCGAGCAAGCUACAAAGACCAUAUCUGAAAAUCCCAAGCCAAAUGUAUCAUCUCAAAUACCACCUCAGAAUCCUGUCCAGGAAACUCAAGCAGCCUCCCGUGAUUCAUUUGUUUCGGGUUUCCAACCUAUAAAUCGACCGAUAUCUAGUCUUUCUACGCAAUCUCCUCCUGCUCCCAUAUCUCAUAGUCUCCCGGGUGUAUAUAAGCCAUCGAUUGCACCACAAGAACCUCGAGAUCAACGAUACAGCCAGCAGACGAAGGAGAUGCCAAAACAGAGUGAAGCCAUAUUUUCGCAAAAUAUUGGACGGGAAAUUGGCAGAUCAUCAGAGCCCUCCUGGACCAGGAACGUCCAUCUUAACUCAUAUCCGGUGAACUCUCAGAAUGGAGUUUAUCCCAUGGCCUUUGUCAGUAAACCGACAGCAUCAAAAAACGACUUGUGGAUGCAAGAAACCUCCAGAAAAAGGCAGUUGGAGCGAACAGAUACCAAGCCUCGAAAAACAAAGUCAAGAAAGAAGUCAAUGCCAUGCGAAAAGCAGACUACGGUAUCUGGUACUGUUCAAUAUCCACUGGCUUCAUCAGCUCCCGCGACCCAAAAUGCGACACCUUCUGCGUUGCAAACACAAUCUCCGCGACAGCCUGAUUUUGACCAAGAGCGCUCUCCCAAGCCGCCGCAUCCAGAACUCAUCAGUCAUCUGAGAAUUAUGGACGAAAAGAUGGGUACUAAUUCCGGAGCAUCUUAUCAGCACCAUAUCAAGACAAUGAACUCUCCGAUAAUCUCAAAUCAGCCGCCGAAUAACCAUGGUCGGAAUCUAGAUCAAAAUAUGACGACCAACUACGAUGCCAGGCAAGAGCAGAAUAUCUUGAGCCCCCUAUUCUUGCAAGAACAGAUGCAUUCAAAGCGAAAGCGAUCGUCGGAGGAUUGGGGCAAUACGAAGAGUCCUGUGGGUAUGCAUCAUGCGACUUCUGUAGGGUCUCCAGCACAAUCCCAGCGAACUUCCAGCAUGUCGCAAAAACGACCGUCAAUCCCCGAAAACAUACAAAUCUCUCGCAUGGAGCAAGAGAGGUUUCAGCACGGUAUGCAACAAAAUAGAAGAUUGCCCAAUGCUGGGGAAAAUAAACUUGAUAGUCAGAAUGGCAAGCAGGAAGUGUCCAACCUUCCUAAACUUGACAUACAAAUUAAAAUCAACCCUGGGGCGAUUACAGCUCGGAAUCAAGUGCAGUUUAAGGAGAACGUUCAAACUAGAGCUGACAUUGAAACUCGUAAUCAGCGGCCAGAAUCUGCGAAUAUGGGUCAGUCCGAAUCAGUGCGUUUGCGCGAGACGGAAACGAGGCAUGGGACUCCUAUUAAUAGUGGAACGGGUCGUAAAACUUCCAAAAGCCUUUCACUAUUAAGUCCUCAGACAUCACAAUAUCUCAAGGACCUACCGGGGACGCAAGAUAGAGUUCAUAAUAAUGUGCAACAGUCAAGCCCAGCACAAAUCAACCAGCAUCUCAACCAACAGUCACAAGGGCCGAAGACUAACAGCCAAAUUCAAGCCAACUCCUCCUCUCCAGAACUGUAUCGAUCACAGGACCCAUGGUGGAACUCGUUAGCUACUGAUUAUAACAUCUCCACAAUUCCCAAACAGCCAUCAAGAUACGUCCCGCAAACUAAUACUAAUAUGUUACACAACCGCACGAUGAGCAACACCACUCCAGUCCCAACAGUCGCAAGUGCGUCACAGGUCCAAAUAGGAAGUCAAGAGCCUCUGCCUGAAACGAGACAAGUUGCACCCCAAGCAACAGAACGCCCGCAUUCCACAGGAAGUCAGGCCUCCAAAGUAUUUCACCAAAUACCGGAGAGCCAGCGCGCCAAGUACCCUUUGACAAAGCCAUCUAAUACAGAACAUUCACCGCCGCAAAGUUACUCUGUUAAUGAAAAUUCAACACAAUCGUCACAGGCCCACCAGUUUAAUCCAUCUGGUCAAAGUGCGCAAUUGCAAUUUGGUGUUCGACCGUCACCUUCUCAAAGUGAAAUCUCGAAGCAAGCUCCGAUUAAGUCGUCGAACGAAAGCACACCAUCACCAACCAAUCAGUCUCAUCAGCCUGUAACUCAACCUUUAAACCGACCUCUCACAUCUUCGAAAAGCCAAUACAAUAACAACGUGACCAGUCAGCCCCCCAAUACACAAACUUCCAACUUUCACCGUCAACUUCCCAACCAGCAUCCUGUUCAGCCCACUAUCAUCCAAAGUCCAGUGCCACAGCAUCAGUUUAUUAAUCGCCCCCCUGCUCAAUUCUCCCCUGUACAGGCGUCGUUUCCCCGGAACCAAUAUACUGGCCCGUCUCCAACACAACAAGCUUCCACAGCUCCGAGUUCUUACAAUACAGAGUAUGCUGGACAACAGAGAGCAAUUUCACAAUACCAGUAUCCAAAACGGCCACAGCAACCACAACAGCCAGCUGAGCCACAAAAUACUACGACGCACCCACAGAAGAAAAUUUACAACGAGCCGAAUCCUCAUGAUCAUACAAAAAGUAGAUUGAAUGGCGCGAGCCCUCAAACUAUAAUAGAAUUAGUUAGUGCAUCUCCAAUGCAGUCCCCAACAAUCCAGAUCCCUGCAUCUCAACCGUCAUUAGCAACUACGAUGUCUGCUAUACUAAACCCUAAGCUUCCACCGACGCCGCCAACACCAGCUAUCAUUCCUACUACUGGUUCAGAUUCCAUGUCAAAGUAUCCGCCUAGUACACAAUCUAAGUCUGAAACCCCUCUGCGACAACAAGCCUCGGCCAUUGUACCCACUCCCAAGUAUAAUAGCACUUCUCAUCAUUAUCAUCCAGCGACAUAUCCUCCACAACAGCAAACACCUAUUGUAAACCCUACGCCUAAAAUCGACACUGCCUCUCAAUACUCAAACCCCACUCAAUCCCUAGCUACGCCACAACAAACACCUACAACACCCCAAGGGGCGGGGCCGAAACUCGACUUCUAUCUCCAACGCUCCAGUUCCUUGAUUGACACUAGUAUAUCUUUCUCUUAUCAAUACAUGGAAUCACUCUCCUUAUCGAAUUUGUUCGCCUUUUUCUCUCAACGCUCCGGUAUAUCUCUAGAGAGAUUAGACGAUCUUACCUUCCGAUGCAUGUUUGGAGAGUAUCAACAAUUCGUGAUUGGAAAGAAUAUGGGGGACGGAGAAUGGAAGCGAGCGCGAAAGAGAAUUUGGAGGAACUGGGACAGAGAUGUUAAAUCUGCGAAACAAAAUGGAGAUGAUGAAGAUGAGGAAUUUUGGGAGGUUAACAUUUUGAUUGGGAGGUGUGCAUAG